AUGGCCAAGGGUAAUAAACAUUUAAAACAUUUGAAAUCUGAAAAAGCUAAGGUAAAAUUAAAAGCAAAGAAAACAAAGCAUUUACCAAAGGGAUUAAAUGUCACGAAUCCAACGUUUAAAAUUAAAAAGAUUGUAAUACGAGAACAAUUGAAACAGCAUGAUGAAACGGAAAUACUUAGCAAAAGAAAGCUUAAUGUUAAGGAUUUACUGUCACGUCUUCAACAUCAUAAUUCAACAGUUCGACAAGAUGCUGUGAAAGAAUUGAAAGAAAUUUUGUCAGAACAUUCCUUAAAAUUAUUAAGCACACAAUUUGGACCUCUUUUGCAAGGCAUUUGUGCAUUGUCUCUUGAUAAAGAGAGAGAUAUAAGACGUGACUCUUUGAAAGUUUUGAGUCUAAUUCUUGGUCCAGUUUCUAAUGAUCAACUUAACCCUUAUUGUGAUGUUUUGGUUUCAUAUUUGAGGUGUGCCAUGACACAUAUAGAUCCACGUAUCAAAGAAGAUUCCUUACUUUUCUUGGAUGUCCUUGUACAAAAUUGUAGUAACAUUCUAGCAAGAAAUAGUUAUAAAGUGCUGCCAAAUUUUUUGGAUAUGAUUUCGAAGUUGCAUACAGAAAUGAAACCUGGAAGACAAUUAGUAACAACUUUGAAUACCAAAAAUACUAAUGUUAGAUGGAGGAUUAAAGUAUUGGAAAGACUUGCUACUAUGUUUAGUUCUAUUGUUAAUUUUUUUAAAUCUCAGCAAACUAAUGGUUUGAAUGAAAGUGGAAAAGUUAUACGUGUGAAUAAAAAUACUAGAUAUAUUCCAGUUUACAUAAAUACUCAUUUCCAGAAUUGUGACAUUCAGUUUGAACAAACUGGUGAUAUGAAAAAGAAUAACAUUGAAAAAAGUUUAGAUGCAGAGGAGCUCAUGAAGUAUGUGGAAUUAUUAAUGCCACUAAUAUGUGAUAGUUGGAUUGAAGUAUGCCCAGAUGAGAAAAAUACAGAUAAUUCUGCUCUUUUAAUAUCUACAGAAGCUUUAGAAUUAUUAAAAAGUAUUGUAGAAAUAAUACAAUUAAUAAUUGAAUGUAUAGAUAUAUUAUACACAGAAUGUGAUAUAAAUAUGAAAUAUUGGUUUAAAGAGAAGUUUCAGAAUACCUAUACAAAAAUCUUACUUUCAAAAUUUCCAUACAAUAAAUUAGGUGCAGCUGGAAGUUUUCUUUCUUCAAUAAAAAACAGAAAACGUCAAGAAGACUUUUCUGAAUCGUACGAUGUUUGUUUAGGGUAUAAUUUAAGAAUUUGUCAAAUUUAUAUAUGGUUUACAUCAAUACAUGAUGAUAAAAUGAUGUCUAAAUUAAAUAAAAGUUACUGCAGAUCUAUAAUUAAGUAUUUAAAUGAAAAACUAGAAAAUUGGACUAGUAUUAAUAAUAUUGUAUUACCACAACUGACUAAGCUCUUGAGAACAUUAUUUUUGGAAGCAAGUAAAAUUUGGUACAAAAAUCAUCUUGAUUUGAAUGAAACAUUACAGUCAGUUAUAAAUACAUGUUGUAAUCAUUCAAAAAAAGAAAUGCAGUUGCAAUUAUUUUCUGUUAUUAGUGACAUAAUGUUAGACCACACUUUACAUGAAUUGCAUAGGGAAACUGCAUUUAAAGAAUUUAUCUCAACUUUGCCAAGUCUUUUGUUAAAGCCAAAAAUACACGAAAAUACAAUACAAAUAAUAAAUAAAAUUGUGCUCCGUUAUAGAAAUUGGAUUCAUAAAGAACUUGAAGCAAAUUACAAUGAUAUUAUAGAGAAUGUUAAAAAGAUUGAAAUUACUGGGUCUGAAGACGAAAAACAAUCUCGUCUUAUGAUCUGCAAUUUGUUUUAUUUCUUAGACACUGAAAUUUUUUAUUAA